UCAACUGUCCCCGCUUCCCCUCUCUUGGUCAUUGCAACUAACGAAAAUGAGCAGUCUGUUAUCCACUCCAGUGAAAGUAGAUCAUCACUUGGAUGAUCUGUUUAAGAAUUCUGCCGGUAAAAGUGAGGUGGCCACCAAACCUGUUAUUGUGCAAGAGGUGACGGCCAAAAUAAACAAAAAGAAUAAGAAACAGGAAAAAAAAGAAGGACAAAAGGCUUUUCUAGGCUUCAAGAAAGCUCAAGAAUUAAUAGCAGCAGCAAAUCAAAAGAGAAAAGCCGAAGAUUUGGAAAAGGAUACAACAAAAAAGAUCAAAAAAGAAUUAACACCCAAAGAGAAAGCUGAAAAGGAGGCAAAGACGGUCUUUGUGGGUAAUUUGUCAGUGGAUUGCAUUGAAAAGGAAGGAUAUAAACAAUUGAAAUCAAGGUUCAAGGACUGUGGUGACAUUGAAUCCAUUCGUUUCCGAUCCGUCGCUUUUUCUGAACCCAUCGAUCGUAAAUCUGCCUUUAUUGCUCGCAAACUUCACUCUGGCCGUGACGUAGUGAACGCUUACAUUGUCUUUAAAACGACGGAAGCAGUCAAGAAAGCGCUUGAACUCAAUGGAACGUUAUUUAUGGACAAACAUUUGCGUGUGGACAGUGCCAGUAACAGCCGAAAACAUGAUCGAAAGCGCUCUGUCUUUUUAGGUGGAUUGCCAUUUGAUGUAGCAGACGAGGAAGUAUGGGAGUUUUUCAAAGAGUGUGGUGAGAUUGAAUUUGUCAGAGUCGUGAGAGACAAUAAGACGAACGUAGGCAAGGGGUUCGGCUAUGUGCAAUUCAAGACACGUGAGCCUGUUGAAAAGGCAUUGAAAUUGGGACAGUAUGACGAAGAAGGAAAUGAAGAAAAAAAAAAGUUUCGUGAAAAAGUCAAGAUUCGUAUUCAACGCUGUAAAAUACCCGUUUCAGAAGGAGGUCGAAGAGAUGUACCCAAGAAGACAAAGAAGAAUGCCAGACCCAUGAGCAAAAAGACGGUCGCUGGUAAAUCUGGCAAGAAGAUACCCGUGCCAAAACAAUUAGAAGGCACUCGUGCUACGAAGGAUAGUGGUAAAUUCAAGAUUGUUAAAACAAGCAAGAAACAUCCUGGUAGUAGUAAGAAGAAGAAGAAAGCCGCCGGGAAGAAAUAGAUUAGAUAAUCAGUGAGGAAAGCCCUGUAUUAUUCAAUAAAUAGAAAAAGCUUUUUUUGAAAGAAAAA